AUGUCCCGCGUACGCUUCCCAUUCAGAUCGACGCCCUCCACACAGCAGGUCCCGACGACUGUGGUGGUACAGACGCCGGAACAGAAGAAGGAGUCCGUCACGACAAGCUACUGGGAUGGCGUCUACAGCGAGGACGGGAGCAAGGACGGAGAACGGCUGUGGGGGAUCGAGAACUUUGGCAAUACGUGCUAUUGCAACUCGGUCCUCCAGGCGCUAUACGCUUGUCAGCCCUUCCGUGCCUUUGUCGAGGCAUAUCCCAGCACCCCACCGCCGGUGACCCCCCUCGGCCCGCCCCCGGGGCCGCCCCUUCUCGCUUCACUCCCUCCUCCAUCCGCUCCACGCGGCGGCGGACCAUUCUCGGCGGGAUCGCUCGGACGCGGUGUCGUCCGUCCCGAGGACGUUCUGAAGACCAUCAAGCGGGAGAAUGAGAUGUUUAGGGGGAUGGCUCAGCAGGAUGCACACGAAUUCCUGGGAUGGGUCCUCAACAAAGUGGCGGAGGAGGUGGAGCCGCUGGAUCGGCACCUCAAAUCCAAAGGGAGCUGGAAUGGCAGUACUGGGGGCAAGACGUUUGUCCAGAACUUGUUUGAAGGGAGUUUGACCAACGAGACGCGGUGCUUGAGCUGCGAAACAACUUCCUCCCGGGACGAGCUCUUCUUGGACUUGUCGAUUGAUAUCGAACAGCACACCUCGGUCACGUCCUGUCUGCGAGGGUUCUCCGCAUCAGAAAUGCUCUGCCAAAAGAACAAGUUCUACUGCGACUCGUGCUGUGGACUGCAGGAAGCAGAGAAGAGGAUGAAAAUCAAGCGCCUCCCACAUAUCCUUCCCCUCCAUCUCAAGCGAUUCAAAUACCAGGAAUCUCUAGGCCGCUACACCAAACUCUUCUACCGGGUCCCCUUCCCUACUCAACUCCGUCUACCUAACACCUCGGAUGACGCCGAGAACCCGGACCGUCUAUACGAGCUCUUUGCUGUCGUUGUGCACAUUGGAAACGGCCCACAUCACGGACACUACGUCUGCCUGGUCAAAUCUGCUGGACGAUGGGUGAUGUGCGACGACGAAAACGUCGAACCCAUCGACGAGGCGGACAUCUUCAGAUACUUUGGCGACUACCCCUCUGGCGCCGGCUACGUCAUGUUUUACCAAGCGGCCGAU